AUGACAGAAGAGAAAUACAAGGAGCCCCGACGAAUUAGACAGCUGCCGGAACACGUUGUCAACAAAAUAGCCGCUGGCGAAAUCUUACAGCGACCCAGUUCGGCCGUGAAAGAACUUGUAGAAAACUCGAUUGAUGCAAAGUCGACUGUUAUUAAUGUUACAGUUCAGGACGCCGGGUUCAAAAUGCUCCAAAUACAAGAUAAUGGCAGCGGAAUGCAAAAAGAUGACUUGAAAAUCGUUUGUGAGAGGUUCACUACAAGUAAGUUGGAACAAUACAAAGAUCUGCAGAGUUUGACCACUCACGGGUUUCGAGGGGAAGCUCUCGCCAGCAUCAGUCUGGUUUCUUCGUCGCUGACAAUUGUAACCAAAACUUCCAAAUCUGACUUGGCCUAUAAAGCAACAUAUAAGGAGGGAAAGUUGUCUCAAGCUAUAAGGCCGGCAGCUGGAAACAACGGUACUCAAAUAACGAUCGAAAAUUUGUUUUUCAACAUGCCUCUUAGACGAGAGUCGUUAGCCAAUCACAACGAUGAAUUUCAUCGAAUUAGUAAUCUUGUAACUAAAUACGCUCUUCAUUAUUAUCAUGUCACUUUUUGCUUGCACAAACAAGGCGAAUCAUCAACCAGUGAUUUCAGAACUUCCGGCACGAAAACACACAGUGAGAAGCUGGCAGAUAUUUACGGGUCAGCGCUGGCCAAGGACUCGAUGCAAAUCGAACUAGCACACUGCUCAGUUUUUAAUUUCAGCUGCAGAGGCUUCGCUUCAAGGCCUUGUUACGUCUCAAAAAAGUAUUCGUUCAUUUUGUUUGUCAACAACAGACUUGUAGAGUUUCCGAGUUUGAAAAAAUCUCUUCUCAAUAUUUACUCUGUAUAUCUUCUGAAGGGAAAUAACCCGUUUAUUUAUCUCAACUUGCUAGUCAAAGGCGAUGAAAUUGAUGUAAAUGUACAUCCUACUAAAGAAGAAGUUAAAAUGUUACACGAAUCCGAAAUUGUGGAUCGAAUUUGCAAAAAGGUUGACCAGUUGCUGAUUAAUUCGAACUCAAAUCAGCAAUUUUUAGUCAAAUCUAUAAACCCAUUCGUUAGUGUUUCUUCUUCGCAGACCGUCUUAACUCCCUCCCAAAAUGAAAAUAGUUUGUCGUCGAAUAAUCGCGAAAGUUUCCUCAAUCACUCUCAAAGCGCGGCGAACUCACCAUGCAACAUGGUCAGAACUGACCCGAAGUUGCAAAGCUUGGACCCUUUCUUGGUCAAAAGGUCAAACUCCAUGCUACCAAACAAAAUGUCGCACGACUCUCAAUUUGAAUACUCAGUCGCCACUGGCAACGACAAUGCCAAUUUGUCAAUUAAAAAGAAUAGAGACAUUGAAAGUUGUGAAAAAGCUGCUCCAAAUUUUCCGCCAAGAAGAACUUUUAAGCUAAACAGCUUGCUUAAUCUUCGGAAAAUAGUCGAAGAUAGCUCGUGCGCUAAAAUGCGUGAAAUAAUUGCAAAUUGUACUUAUGUGGGAUCGGCAAGUCCUGAAAUAGCGUUUGUUCAGCACGCCACCGAACUCUGGCUGCUGAAUUUCCAAAACUUAAGCGAGCAGUUGUUCUACCAAAUAAUUAUAUACGACUUCGGAAAUUUUGGCAGGUUUUCAUUUUCUUCUGAAACAAUGAGUAUAUAUAAUUUGGCUGAGCUUGCUUUAACUAAAAGCAAAUCACGCAAAGACAAGUUGAAAAAUGAGGGCAAGUCGAUUGAAGAAACAGUUAAGAAAAUUGAAGAAAAAUUUUUAUCUCGAUCCGCUAUGUUGCUUGACUAUUUUUCCUGGAAUAUAGACAAAGAUUCUGGUGUCAUGUCAUCGUUUCCGAUGUUGUUACGUAAUUAUGAGCCUUCGUUUGAAAUGCUUCCCGAGUUGAUUGUGGAAAUGGGCUUGAAAGCCGAUUGGAGUAAGGAGCAAGAAUGUUUCGACAGUAUUGCUCGGAUUACUGCUAAAUACUACGCGACUGGUUCUCGCUUUUGGAAGCAUCGGCCGGAAAAAGACUGGAAGUUUGCUCAUCAACACGUAUUGUUGCCAGCAAUGAAACUGUUUCUUCAGCCGAACUCAAAAAAUCAACAAACGUUUUCACAAGUUGCGAGUCUUCCACAGUUGUAUAAGAUAUUUGAACGUUGUUGAAAACGUUGUUGAGUAAAUGCUGUUUAGUUCAUUCGAAAUUUGAAUAUGUCAGAAAAUUGUAACUUGUUUUGCUUUGUUAAAAUCUUUUGUUUUAAUAGCGCGUUUUGAUUUGAAGCAUUCAUUCUAUUAGGGAACUAUUUUUACACGUGA